AUGCACCAAAGUCUUGAGCAUUUGAAAGGAUUGUCGUCGUGCAAUAUACACAGCCUCAAAGGCUCUCCUUACCCAUGUCGUCAAAUCGUCUUCGGUAGUUGUCACCUAGUAGAGUGGAAAAACAACGACUUUGGGGCUCUUUGGUAG